GAGUCCAAGGCAAAGACUGGGCUCUGCGAAUGCCUAGACCGGCCCAGGGCUGGCCCUUCCCUCUUCCUGGAUUAGACGUACAUCAGAAUUGCUUCAUCAAAGAAACACUUUCACUUGUGAGUCAGUGGCUCUGUGACGCUUGUUUCUCUCUUCCUUUCAACCAUUCGCCUUCUCUUCUCCGCCCCAGUCGCGACUGGGAAUCGACUAAGAAGCGGGCAGCUCCUUGGCAGGAUUAAACCCGAAGGAGUUCAGAAACAGAAGGAGGCAGGCGAGCGAAGGGAUCACCGGCUCCUUAAAGCAGCGAACGGGACUACUGUGCUGAAUGACCAAUUCCAAGAUGUCCUUGUGGAGCCUUGUCUCUGACAUGCCUCCAGAGCGGUUCAAUGGCCUCUUUGAAGAGUUUCCUCAUGACCUACGCUGCUUUCUGGGAGACUGGCUGGAAGCUCAGCCAUGGGAAUUCAUCAACAACACAUCAGACUCUUUCUGUGCUGUUCAGGCUGCAAGACUACUGACUGCCAUGGUGAAGCUGUUACAAGACCUGGCCAAUGAAAAUGGUUCUCCUGGCCCAAUGCUUCAAGUUACAGCUAACCUUGAGAACAGAUACCGAAGAGAGCCACUGAAGUUGGUGGAGACAGUAAAAAGAAUCUUAAGAGGAGAACGUGCAGCUGUACAGGAAAAGUUCCAGCAUGUGCCUCUCUAUGUCCACCGCCAGCGGGAAGAGCUGAUGUUUGAAUUCAAUCUCCAGCGACUGCAGUACAGAGUGCAAGAAAUCCAGGCCCUCCAGGAGAGUUCAAGGCAGAUGAAUAACAGUACAAGAGUUCUGCAGCUACAGAUGCUGGACCCACAGUUUCCUAUGCAAGAGAACCUGCACACAAAUUCUCUGCAAAGCCUUCAGACUCUGUUCCUGAAUACGAUCAGUGAAUUAGAAGAGGCACAGAAAGCUGUGCUGGCAAGACUUAUGAUCUGGAAGAGGCAGCAACAGCUGGCUGGGAAUGGAAUUCCCUUUGAAGAGGACUUGAGUCCACUACAAGAGAGGCUUGAAAGUUUGGUGAACAUUUGCUUCCAGCUCCGCAUACAAUUGGUUGCCGUUGGUGGUGAGCUUCAGUCCUCUCUUCAAGAACGUCUGGACAACAUAUUCAAUGCCUUCAUCAAAAAUUCCUUCCUGGUGGACAAACAGCCUCCUCAAGUUCUGAAGACUCAAACCAAGUUUCAAGCCACUGUCCGCUUCUUGCUGGGGCCUCUCUUGCUCAAGACUCCACACACAUCCUUCAUAGUCACCGCUGACAUUGUGACAGAGAAACAAGCACGUGAAUUGACCACUAGUCCUUCUGGAGGUGUCUUCAGUGAAAGCAGUGGAGAAAUUGUCAACAACACAGCACCUCUGGAGACAAAUGCCACAAGCAAUGCCUGCUGUGCUCUCUUCAAAAAUAUGCUUCUCAAGAAGAUCAAGCGCUGCGACCGCAAGAGCACCGAAUCUGUAACUGAAGAGAAGUGUGCUGUUCUCUUUAGUGUCAGUCUGUGCCUUGGGCCCAACAGAACCAACUUCCACCUGCAGGCCCUGUCCUUGCCCAUUGUUGUGAUAGUACAUGGCAAUCAAGACAAUAACGCCAAAGCCACCAUCUUAUGGGACAAUGCUUUUGCAGCUGCUAAUCGCAUCCCUUUCGUGGUGGCUGAACGUGUUAGUUGGGAUGACAUGUGUGAGACUCUGAAUCAGAAGUUCAUGGCUGAGGUACAGACCACUAAAGGUCUGCUGAAGGAGCACUACUUCUUCCUGGCCCAGAAGAUCUUUGGUGACAGUGGCGCCAGUCCUGAGGAAUUCCAGCAGCGCUCAGUAUCAUGGUCACAGUUCAAUAAGGAACUUCUUCCUAGCAGAGGAUUCACAUUUUGGCAGUGGUUUGAAGGUGUUCUUGACCUCACCAAGAAAUAUCUGAAAGAAUACUGGUCUGACCGACUCAUCAUGGGUUUUAUCAGCAAGCAGUAUGUUUUCAGUUGCCUGAGCAAUGCUCCAGUGGGUACUUUCUUGCUCCGCUUCAGUGACUCUGAGAUUGGUGGCAUCAGCAUCGCUUAUGUUACCUGCUACCAGGAUGGUUCCACUCAGGUGGAGAACAUCCAACCUUUCACGGCAAAGCAACUGUCCAUCCGUUCUCUUGCCCACUGUGUUCUGGAUCUGUUGCAGAUUCAGACACUGUAUCCCGACAGGCCCAAAACUGAAGCUUUCAGAAGGCAUCUUAAUGCAGAGGCACCACAAAAAGGCAGUUACGUCCCAGCCCAAUUGAGGAUAACUGUGGACCUACCUUCCUCGGUUCCUGUUCCGUCACUUCAGCCUCAAGUCAACUCCAUGAGCAAUUCUAACUUGAAUCUCGGAAUCACUUCUGAUCCGUCAUAUGACAGCUCAUCACUGAUGAUUUCAUCAUCCAGACACAUGUCUCCCUCUGACAACUCAGUAUAUGGAAGCCCCCAGUUGCAUUCUGAAGUGACCUACGCAUACUCUUUGGGAAAUGAGUCACCCCUCGGCCCAAUGGAUUCAUAUCCUAUGCCUACCGACGUGGAUAUGCCAGACAUCUCUCUGCAAAAUGAGCACGCUUCACCGUACGCAACCGAUCUUCAUAUGCUCCCAAACCAUAUGAUGCUACCUACGAUGAUGGUACCCCCCUCUGAUGAAGAACUGGCCCUGCUGUUGCGUCCUGAGCAAGAUCUGAACCACUAUUCACAGGAUCCAGCAUGACCCAACAUGUAUGCUUAACAUCCAGUACUUUGGGUGAACUUUCAUGGAAAGCCAAACCAUCAAGAAUUAAGAUACCAGAUUACAGGAGGGGUUGUUCCUCCCAAAUUCUUCCAGGGUACAGAACACUGCUCCCAUAUCUCUCUCUCUCCCUCACCUCCCCUUCCUCUUGAGAUCUUCUCUUGACUCAAAAGCAGUUUGGAUGCUUUGCUGGAUCAGACUCAUGGAGUGUUUCACUCUGCCCAAGGACAUUGACCGGCUUGGGAAGUAUGCAUAUUAUUCCAGGGCAGAGCCUCACUAUUAUGGAGCAGGACAGAGGCUCUCAUUCACUCGCUGGCUUCUUUGCAGCUUGGUGCUAUUGCUACUUUGGGCAAAGGGUAAGAGGACCUCCCUUGAUGAUCUGUGCCAAUUCUGAACAGCUUUGCAGCCUAGCUAGAAGCUACUUUUUCUCAGGAUUUUGAAGACUCACCAUGUUCCUUUGCUUCUCAAUAUAAGAUGAAGAUUUGUUGGGCUGCUGGAAACCUCUAAAAAGCCAAGCAUGUGGAUUGGCUCUUCCCUACUCUGUGACAGUAUCUCCUUCAGAAAAAAAGCAUUAUAUUAAUUAAAUAUCCACAAAUCCGUUGCUUCAUGUCCUAGACCUGUCUCUAGGCAGAGGGAAAUGGCUUCAUUAAGGGAUAAUAAUGGUGGUUCAGAAGUGUAAGUGAACCAUCAAGGGUCUAGGGGUCCUCAAACUAUGGUCCGGGGGCUGGAUGUGGCCCUCCAAGGUCAUUUACCAGGCCCUCGCUCAGGGUCAACCUAAGUCUGAAACAACUUGAAAGCACAUAACAAUCCUAUUUCAUCAGCCAAAAGCAGGUCCACACUUCCCAUUGAAAUACUAAUAAUUUUAUAUUUGUUGAAAUUGUUCUUAAUUUUAAUUAUUGUAUUGUUUUUAAGUGUUUUUUGCACUACAAAAAAGAUAUGUGCAGUGUGCAUAGAAAUUCAUUAAUGUUGUUUUCAAAUUAUAAUCGGCUCUCCAACAGUUUGUGGGACUGUGACCUGGCCCUCUGUUUAAAACGUUUGAGGACCCCUGGUCUGGAGCUUGAAGUGUCAAAAGCCAUUCUUCAAAGCUGCCCUUCUGCCCUUAGGUGUAGUGGAGGAAGGGUGCCCUCUCAUUAUCCGUGUUAAAGUAAAAUUCAACUACCUACUGCAUAAGGAAGGUCACCAUGUUGUACUUUGCCUCAGGCAGAAAAAUAUAGUGGGCUAAUCCUCUAAGCCUGCAUGUUUUCCUGAUAAUAUGGAGCUCAGAUCCUCCUAUCUUCCAGAACAAUCCAUUUUCAAUACAAUGGCCUGCAAGAUCCAGAUAGAAGAAUAUGGAGCAAUUUCUCUCAUCUUGAGGGAAUGGGAUAUUCCACCGGCGAACACAUUUCUCAACCCUUCUUAUUUGCAGUCUCGCUGUACAAACUUUUCCGCCAUCUGCCAGCGUCUCUGUUCCCAGCCUCGUAGCUGGUAAAAGGUGCAAUGUAAAAUAAGCCAUAAAAUAAGACUUUAUUCCAAAAUAACAAAAUAAAUAAUCUACUGUACACAUUACAAAGGAAA